UCUCAUAACUCACUCGCACAACAUAAACUAAUUAUUAAGUCAAUAUGAAACAGAAGUUGAAGAAACUGAUGACAUAUCCGGUGAGAAGUACGAACGAUUUUCCUCCCACUUCUUCUCUGACGUUAUAUGCUUCUGACGUCACUUCCUGCCUUCAUCAACCAACAUUACGAGAAGAGGUAGAUGACGAUUACAGCGUCGUAGCAGAGGAGUAUCCAGGGUUAACGAAUGCCGUCUCGUUGCCUAGCGACAUUAAUUUUACCGAGGAGGAUGAGACUAGGAUGGAAUCAGCUGAUGGGUUUUCUAUGAAACGGUACAGAAAUGUAGAAAAACUGGGAAGUAAACAAAAAAUAUUGAAGAUUAAGAAAAACAAGCUGUCUGAAGUGACUCAGAGAAGUAAAAGCUUAACCCAAAUUGACUGCUUGGACAGUCCUGAAACUACCAUCACUGAAUCGAAUGUGAACAUCAAACCAGAAAUGAACACAAGGUGGGAUCAUUUUACCGUCACAUUAGAAAUGCUUGAUGAUAAUAAAGCCGAGAAGAUCCCGGCCACCAGCGGAGUUUGCUUACGGGAGGUGAUCAAGGAUCUUUUGGUGAAGCGAGGACUUGACCUUGAUAUUCAAGAUGUCUCGGUCUUCUUAGAUGCUUCGAAGACGCCUCUCCCUUCGGAUGGAGAUUGCUUUCUAUUCGGUGGCAAGCAUCUCCGGAUACAAACCAAACAUAGCCCCGAGGGAGCUGUCAUUACUCGAGAAAAUAGUACCGGAAGUACGUGCGUCGGAGCUUCUAGCAAUAGAAGUAACAGCGGAAGCUUAAACAGAGAUGAUAAGUCACGAAAGGUUUCCGCAAUUCAACACGGAGGACGGAAGACUGGUCUAUUAGCAUCUUCUGAGGACUUGAGUGACCCCAUUCUCCCUGGACCAACAGUAUCUCUGGACACUACCCUCAAGUCCUCCAGAGGUCGCUCUACUCUCAGCAGAAAACCCGGAAUAUUCUCCAAUGUUUCAAAAACUGAAAAGGAGAAAACAGAACUACUUAUGGAACUGUUGAAUAACUACACAGUGAACGGCAUCCCACAACAACCAGGACUGCCAACCUUUGAACUUUCACAAGAGAACACAUACAGACUCGAACCAAGUUGGAAAGAUAUCGUGGAAAACUGGGAGGCUUUAAGCGAACGAAUGAAAGCGCAACAGAACGCCAUCUGGGAGCUUAUUCAGACAGAAAUAUUUUUCAUUAAAAGACUAAAAGUCAUUAUUGAACUUUACCUAGCUUGUCUGUACAGCCUACAAGCUGAAGGGGUACUUAACGAAAUCAACUCUGAUAAGCUCUUUAGUAACAUUCGAGAAGUUUACGUGUCUAAUCAUCAGUUCUGGGUUAAACACCUCCUUCCAAUGUUGACCACCAGCAGAACUACCAAACAGAAACUAAACCCGGUUCUCAUGAAAGAUGGAUUUCUACAGUGUGUCCAGCUUUUCCGGCCCUACAUCAAGUACUGUACUGAACACAACCGUUGUGUCGAGUAUGUGAAGCAAAGAAACAAAGAGAAUGAGCUGUUUAAAGCUUAUGUCACUUGGUGUGAAAGCUGGAAAGAAUGUGAUCGGCUACAGUUGGCUGACAUUCUUGUUAAACCUAUGCAACGCCUGACCAAAUAUACUCUCCUCCUGAAAGCCAUCCUUAAAAAAACAGACGACGAAGAACAAGUUUGUCCCUUGAUUGAAAUGAUAAAAAGUAUGGAAAGUUUCGUUCAGACCGUAGAUUCGAUCAUGUUACGCCAGAAUGAGAAGAAACGGCUGGCCUCCAUUAUCAACCGGAUAGAUAGCUAUGACGUCAUAGAUAGCAACAACGAGGAACUGGAUAAGGCCAUGCGAGAACAGGGCAAUCUUCACCUUGAUCUUACAUGUCCCAUGCCGGGAUGCGUCACGCAGCUAACAAGACAACUUGUAAAAGAGGGCGGUGCGAUAAAAUUGAGAGAGACUUCUUCAGGCAAGGUGGAUGUACAUUGUUUUCUCUUCACGGACAUGUUUCUCAUUUGCAAGCCACUAGGGAAGAGGGGAGACAAAGUCCGAGUCAUACGACAACCAUACCUCGUUGAAAGGUUGAAAGUCCAGGAACUGAAGGAUGGGGGAGGUUUGACGGUUAUCUACCUAAACGAGUUUCACGUUGCCACAGCAGCAUUCAUCUUGUACACUCAUGAGCCCAAGAUCUGGCUAGAGAGCAUCAGGAGAGCACAAGAGCUAUAUCAAGAGGCGAAGAAGACCUCUGAACUCGGUUUCGAUCUAAUGGAUUACACAGAGGAAGACGAGCUUCUUUCUAGUGGUCACCUGGCAACUUCCAGUUCUAGUCACUCUAGUUUAAUUCAUUCCCACACUGAAUCUGUAGAUACGUCUAGUGAUCCAGUUUCUACAAAUUCAAUUGGAAGACUCUCUAUAUCACCAGUAAGUUCUAGGACUAGUCAAAACCACAGCAAAGCUGUGAGUUUCGAACUUGGAAGCCUACGCAACCCUAGCUUAGCUAAAGAUAGUGAACACGAAAAGCCACGUGCUCAUAGCUUCGAGACGCGCACUGGACCUGUCAGUGUAACAGUAACAUCACCUCCUACCGAUUACAAAGCAGAAACUAGCCUUACACUCAAAACCUGGUCUAAAGGAACCGAAAACCUCUUUAGGAACAGAUAUGGCUCGGAGAUCUCUCGCACACCACGUUCUAUUCAACAGAUUCCUUUUAUACCAGAAACCCUAAAAACAGAUGGCUUGUUAGGAGACCCACUUUUGCCCACUGUUAAGACGACAAUACCACAGAAUCAAGCUCACAAACCACCUCUUCUCAAGACAAGGCACGUGUUUGGACAAAUCAGUUCCAGCGCAACGGCAAGUGAAGAAUGGAGUCAAGUGUCUAAUCUCGAAAGUAAUGAUGCGAUCACGCGCUCGAUUAUAUCAAACAGCGUACUUGGCGUUGGUGACCUUGACCCGCGCAUGAAGAUGAUGACGGUAGACGACAGACGUUAUCACACGACGAGCUCUGCAGAAAUACGAAAGAGAGAAAAAGAACGGGACAGUAGGAUUCAUAAACGAUUCUCAUGGAACAGUAGCAGGCACAAAGCUGAAGUAGUUGGUUUCGAAGCCAGUGAUGACGGAAAGCUGGAUAAAAACACGUGCAGUUCGAAGUGCCUAAGUUCAGAUUCUAUCUAUAGCUCCAGUGGUAUAGAAAGCAGUAACUCUUCGUUUUAUAGUGUGGGAGAACAGGAAUGCCCAACGGAAUCGAAUGUCUGUAGUCCUGAGAUCUUAAAUGAUGGUGAUAGAGACAAGAAUUAUGGCAAUAACUCUCAGUUACCCAAAACUUCUAGUCCAGAUCUGGAACCUAAACCUAACUUCACACUGAAUGUCAGCGAGAUGAUGGAUGGAAUUACAUCUGUCCAGAUUAAUCUGACUGGUGGAUCCAACCUAAGAAAUAAAGUUGAUCUGCGGCGGAUGAAGGAAUUGAUUUUGAACAGCUACUCAGUUGAAGCUUCGGAAGUGUGAUGGAAGAGAAGUAGAAGGAGGUGUAAUUUGAAUCUGCAUUUUACUCGAUCGGUAGCUACUGGUAAAUGGAGACCUCGAGCAAAGUACCCGAAGUGUUUAAAAAUGUUUUUUAUGUGUGUUGUGAAUCAAAGUGUUUUUACCAAGAAAGGCAGUGGAAAGUUUUUAACAACCUAAAGUACUUUUAACUUUUCGUGAACCAUAUGAGUAAUAAACUUUUACAUAAUUCGUCAAAGAAGCGCAGGACUAUGUUCUAAGUAUUGUUUAUAAGGUUCAAAUAAUACAUAGAGAAAAAAUUAUGUUUUAUCUAUUGUUAAUGUAUGCAUUCCAAGAUAUGGCACCUGUUGCCAUAGCAGCCUACAGGCAGCUGUGUGUUGUCAAAACAAAAAAGUGGCCACACCCCUCUUUAUCUAAACUAUGAAUGUGUAUUUAUUGUUCAUGGAAAAAAAUCCCAAAAUAAGUGCAACACUUUAGAAACUGUUGUAUAUGUAGGUAUUGAGCACUAGUGUUUUUGUCUGUGAUUGCUAUAUACAAUCUUCGUAUUGAUUAUACAGUAAUUAUGAAAGAAGUAGUUGUAAUUCUUAAGUUUUAUGUACAUCGUAAUACGUUGUACGUUCGUGUUUAUACAAUAAUUAAUUUUGAGCAGUAACUAUGUAAGUCAGAACUAAAAAUUAACUCGGAAGUUAAUGAAUGGAUGUUACCAUAAGCUUUUAGCUUACUAAAUUUUUCUUCUAGAUUUCCAUCAGUAUAUACGAAAGAAAAAUAAAACGUUGAUCAAAUAGCCAUUAUUAUUGUUAUUCCUUAGUAUUUAUGGAAGCUAUGAUAAUUCAAAUUUAUUAAUCUAAAAAAUGUAAAUUAAUGUUUACCUUUCACACAAGUUCUUGUAUCUCACUUGGUGAUGCCAGGUAAACCUGGUGAAACGUUGUGAACAAAAUAUACAAAAGUUUUACUACAUACGACCGAUAAAAAACUUGGGUGAAUUUCAAAUAACAUAGUUUUAAUAUUUUAUUAAUGUUUGCCUAUAUUUAAAAUUUAACUGAUGCUUAUGUUUCCUAGAUCCGAUUUUCAGUUUCUGAAGUAACCAUUAAACUUUAGUUUUAGUCACUCUUUAAUAAUAAUAAUAGUUUAAAACCAGUAUUUAACAUUGCUGUAUUGUUAAAACAGUGUAUAAGCGUAUUCAAACUUAAAAUUGAAUUAUCUUCUAGAUGGCGCUAGUCAAAAUCUAUUACUUGUAUGGAUGUCAAGACUUACCUGUUUCAUCAUAUGGUAUAUAGUUUUGUGUAUGUAAAUAUGUUAUUAUAUGUACGUACAAGUUUAUUUAAUACCUGGGUAUUCUUAGUAAUAUAUGUUGAUGUAUGUGUAAUAUAUAUAUAUAUUAAAAAAACGUAUAAGAAUAAUUUUUAGGGACAAUCACUAGUUUUCUUGUGAAAGUUGUUUCGAAAUGAAGUUCUGAUGUAAAAGUAUUGUAUGGUGUUUGGUUUAUUGGAAUCAGUUGAGCUUUUGCUUAUGUUUUAUAUCAGUAUUAUUUCACGUCAUAUUUCAAGCAAACACUGAAGAUACUCAUAACAAUAUCUAUGUUGCU